AGGCCUCAAUGUGAAAUGGGAACCAUGAGAGACUGGCGAGGCCUCGCCUCCCUGGUCAACAUAUCGUCAGAAAUGGCCGCAAACUUUCGCCGGUCGAGCGACAAGACAGCCCGUGUGUUGGAGGUUUGGCUGCAGGACCCCACCGUGACUGUAGGCACGCUGCUGGAGUACUUGCAGCGGCUGGACAGAUACGACGUGCAUGACGACAUCCUUAUGGACCUUCAGGAGUAUGUCGCCAGGGAGAGCUCGUCGGUUAAAUCUCCAGUGAACCAACCGUACCAGAUGAUGAUCAACAACAACCCGCUGACGCCGAUCGACGAGGAGUACAGCAUCAUCACGGUGGACGACCGGCACGGCUACGAGCAGCAGUACGACGCGUUCGUGCUCUACGCGGACGCUGACAAACACUUCGUUGACGAACUCGAAGCGAAGCUCAGCGGGACUUUUCGAUUAUGCACGAAAGAGAGGUUGCUACCAGGCCAUGCGACGGAGUACGCGCCAGUGGCCCAGCUGAUCUCCAAGCGGUGCCAGUACAUCAUCCUGGUGUACUCGCCGGACUUCUUCAUGAGUCCAGCCAACACCUUCUACAGAGAUUACGCGCAGGCCGUCAGCAUUGAAUCGAAACAGCACAGUUUCCAGCGCAAGAUCAUUCCGAUAAUGUACCGGUCGUGCACCCCGCCGCUGCACCUCAUGUUCUACCACAAGCUGUACUACUCGGGCGAGGGCCGUGCCAUGUACAACUUCUGGGAGAAGCUGCGCCAGUCCCUCGUCCACAAUCCGAGGCAGAUCAGAGCAGCUCCUGGACUCAACGGCGUGUCGUCGUCGCAUUCAGCGUUGAAUAUAGAAGAGCUGUCGAACAGUAACGGAGUUAGUAACGGCGCUGCUGGCGACGGGCGCUUCUUCCUCCCGCCAACAACCACCGAGGACACGAAUGGCCACCUAGACUCCCUGCCGUCGACCAGCACUGGCCAGGAUACUCAGUCAUUAAACAUCUACAAUAACCUAGGCGAUAAUAAUAAUACGGAAAAAAAGAAGAAGAAAAUGAGCCCUUUAAAAUGGAUGCUAAGCAGGGGAAAGAAUAGAAAGGCUAAGAAAGAAAGUCAGUUGGCUCAAUUUGCGCACAACUGAUAGAUCUAUCUGUGAUUGCUGUUGUGAUGUAUCGCCAUCUGGUGUAGGUUAAACGGGACAAAUCGACCCGGUCAUAUAUAACAAAAAACUGAAGAAGUCUUAUUAGGGGACAUAAUUGACCCAGUAAUGUUUUACGGGUCAUAAAUGACCCAAAGUCAAGUCAAAUACGUCUCAAACUCGUGUGCCUGUGCGACAGGCUGAAUGUGACGAGUCUUCCGCAUAUUCUUUAUAAGAUUUUAUUUUUAUAGAUCUAUAUUUGUGGUCCACUUGUGGACUCGACCUUAUUAUAGUAUUGUUAUAUGAUUGUUUGCAAUUUUGUAAUACAUUUUGAUGUGUAUCAUGAAUGAUUAUUUAUUUAUACAAUUCCAUAUCAAAGUAUAAAUAAAUAAUUUUCCCUUGAUAUAAGUACGAGUUAUAUUUCUGAAAUAAAUCGAUCAAAUUUUGAAAAUAGGCGCUAAACUAAACAAAUAUUACAUUCUUCCACGAAAGCCACUGGCCGCUAUUAUUCGUCUUUUCAUUUGUUUCCUUUGUUGACGGGAAAGAACAGUGAAAUAUCUAACAUUCGAUAAUUGUUUCUUUCAAAAUUUAUUCCAAAACUUUUUAAACCAAUGAUUUUAUUAAUACAUCAUACUGCACUUUAUACAAAUACACUGAAGUCCAAAUAAGUGUCAUUUUUCUUACAAAGAUCCUCAUGUCUGACUUAUUGGACAUACUCUGGCUCACAGUGGCGGGUCCAGGAUUUUGGUUUGCAAAAAUACUUUAAUACUAGCCCUGUAUUAUAAGCUGUUCCAUAACAAUGUAACAGCUAAAUUAGGCCUUAGUACAUCACUGGCUUAGUGCGGAUUCAAAGACUUCACAAACUGAUAAAAAAAUCAAAGAGAACUUCUCAGGCAUGCAGGAUUCAUCACGAUCUUUUCCUUCACCAAGCAAGCGAUGAUUCCCAAAAAAUACU